UCCCUACCUGGGGCGGCUCGGUAGUUGCGCCGAACAUCUUAUCUAAUAUAAAAGAUUGUUGCGUAAAAUACGUUCUCGUCACAAAAAUGAAGGCGCUUAUCCACCUCUCUGGCCGCGUAUGCGAAGCGUUUUUACGAAAACCGACCAUUAAGAAAUUGACCUUACUAAGCUAGUCGUGGUGCUGUUAAGCGAUGAUCAGCGGAGUUCGAUGUUGGCGGGCUGUAGCUUGGCCGCGGUCCACCAAAUUGAUAGUUUCGGGCGGUCCCGCCACUGUUUGUUCCUCGAUUAAGCGCGUUUUAUCCACGUCCGACGUAGUUAUGGAGCAGAUCGACGACGUACGAGUCACGGAGCUCAAGAAUUCUGCGUACAUCAAACCUACGCGGCUGCUCUUCAAGCAGAACGGAAAGCAAAGGAUAUGGGACCUCAUGAAGACUCACGACAGCGUCUCGGCCGUUAUUUACAACAAAAGCAGGGAUGUCCUUUUAUUCGUCAGGCAGUUCCGACCAGCUGUCUACUACGGUCAGAUCCCACCGCACGAGUUCACUUCGGGCAAGCCCAUCGACACGACCAAGUAUCCAGGAAAGUUGGGCGUGACGCUCGAACUGUGUGCGGGCAUCAUCGACAAUGAGAAACUGUCAUCCGCCGAGACAAUGCGCGAAGAGAUCAAGGAAGAGUGCGGAUACGAUGUGCCCUUGAGCAGCGUACAGAGGGUCACUUCAUUCAGAGCUGGCGUGGGCAUCCUUGGCGCCAAGCAGGAGCUGUUUUACGUCGAAGUGACCGACAGCAUGAAGAUAAGCGCUGGUGGUGGUGUCGAAGAACAAGGCGAGAUGAUCGAUGUGGUCGAGCUAACCAAAGCCGAAGCCAAGAAGAUGUUGUUUGAUGAGAGCAUCAUGCGGCCUGCUGCUCUGCUUUUCGGCAUUACGUGGUUCUUGGAGGUCAAGUUGAAGCAAUAGAACAAACUUCAUAUUGUACAUAAAUGAGCUCACUAGGAUCUACAUCUUUAUAAUUUGCGCAUUAAAUGGAACUUUGACCUGAUGCAUUCGCUA